CGGGAUCAGGCCUCUCCCUACGACUUCAUGCUGCCCAGCGAGGCCCACUUCGCCGACUACGUGGGGCGGCUGGGGGUCAGCAACGACACGCACGUGGUGGUGUACGACGGGGACGAGCUGGGCACCUUCUACGCCCCCCGCGCCUGGUGGAUGUUCCGGGCCUUCGGGCACAAGGAGGUCUCCGUGCUGAACGCCUUCGAGGAGAUGAUGCACAACGUGGGGUCCCUGCGGUUCCAGGUGGUGGAUUCCCGCCCUGAGGGCCGGUUCCGGGGGACCGAGCUGGACCAAGGACUGGAAUCUGGUCACAUCCCUGGUGCUGUGAACAUACCCUUCCGCUCAUUCCUAACGGAAACGGGCCACGAGAAGAGCAUUGAGGAGAUCCAACAAAUAUUCAAGGAGAAGAACGUGGAUCUCUCCAAGCCGCUGGUGGCCACCUGCCGCAAAGGUGUCACGGCGUGUCACAUUGCCUUGGCAGCCUACCUGUGUGGCAAGCGGGAUGUGGCUGUUUACGACGGUUCCUGGUCUGAGUGGUUCCACCGUGCCCCACCUCGCUACAAGGUCUCUGAGCUGAAGCGCAACAAGGCCUAG